AUGAAUUCCAAAGCAACUCUAUUUCUAGCUGCUUCCUUAGUAGCGGGAACAGCCUCCGCCGCUUUGGAUUUUGGAGACGUUGAGGAAGUGGUUCCAAAGUAUGAUUACAGCACUGCACCAACUGGGAAUGCUCGAUGUGCCUUGGUUUCCAUUGCCAUGGAUGAGUCCGGUUCCAUGCAAACCGAACAACAGUUCAUGCAGGAAUACGCCAUCCCAAGAAUGACCAACCUGCUCUACUCACAGGAAUACCAGUACGAUCACGUCUUUUUCUGCAGUUUUGGGUUUGGCUAUUUGAACGCUCCUGCAGGUAACUUUGGCUUUCGUGAGCUUGGAUGCACCGUGGGAGUCAAAGGCUUUUCCGGUGGUUACGCCAAUGCUCUUCAUGAUUCUAGCGUUGCUGAUUGGCAAAACGCCAAGUCAGGCGAUGGUGAAGAUAGUUACAACGCCAUUAUUGCUGGAGUAGAUGCUCUUCCUGAAUCGAUUGUGGGAACGAGUGGAGUCAUUAACAUCAACCAAGACUGCGGAGUCUUUAACAAGAACUUUAUUCUUGUCACGGAUGAGGACCGCGAUAACUUGAACCCAGCUGCCACCAUUCAAACCGUUCGAGCUGCCAUGGCCAACAAUGGUUACAUCCUCAACGAAGUUGUCAACGUCGACAUGGCCAUCCCAGACACGGAAGAAACAAUUAUUGGUUUGAGAGUCAACUACCCCGAAUCCAAUCUUAAUAAUCCAACCACAGCGGAAGGAGACUGUGUAGAUGAUCCAUUUUUUGGACGAGUUUGUAAGGAAGUUGAAGUCUAUGACAUUUCCAACGAAUGGUUCUCCACCAAUGUCCACAGAGAAUCUGGACAUUCCGGUGCCUGGACCACACAACUCACCGACAUCCCUCCGGAUGGUUUCUACGCGGAUGGAUACAAUGGAAACUCUCCCCAACAUUACGUUCCUCUCAUCCAAGAGACUCGUGGAGCCAUCUGGUCCAUUCGACCUGUUCGUCAAGCCCUUCGAGACCUUGAUCAAGUUGCCAUUGAGGCCUUUGCCGAAGCCUUUAUUGACAUCAAGGUCAACGAGAUUGACUGUGUAGGCACUUGUGUUUGCCUAAACCCUCCCUGCCGUACCACAGAGGUAAAUGGAGACCCGCACAUUACCACCUGGAGAAACGAGCACUACGAAUACCACGGACAGUGCGAUCUAGUCAUGCUCAAGAAUCCUUCCUUUGCCGAUGGCAUGGGAAUUGAUGUCCAAAUCCGUACCAAGAUUGUUCGAUUCUGGUCUUACAUCAAGAACGUUGCCAUUCGCAUUGGCAAUGAUAUUAUUGAAAUUGAGGGCAAUGGCGACAUGGAAGAUCCAGAAGCCAAAUACUGGGUCAACUACGAAUACCAAGGAGAUCUGGAUCGAAUUGCUGAAUUCCCAGUCACUCAUGAAGCUUCUACCAACUACAAGCGCAUCUUCAAGAUUGACUUGGGAUCCAAGUACCCUGGUGAAUUCAUCAAGAUCCAAGUCUACAAGGAAUUUGUUGCCGUCAAGUUCUCGGGUGGCUCUACCGCCUUUGGAACCUCUGUUGGUUUGUUGGGAGACUACUACUCUGGCAAGACCUUGGCUCGUGAUGGAGAAACCGUCCUCAAUGACUUUGCCGAACUCGGACACGAAUGGCAAGUUCUUCCAAGUGAACCCAAGUUGUUCCACGCCAUGGAACACCCACAAUUCCCAGAAAAGUGCUUGGAACCUGAAGACCCACGUGGCGAACGUCGCCGUCGGUUGGCCGAGUCCGGGAUUACUAUUGAACAAGCCGAGGAAGCUUGCAAGACUUUGAACGAUCCUCUUUCAAGAAAGGACUGUGUCUAUGAUGUCUUGGCCACACAAGAUCUUGACAUGAUUGGUGCUUUCUAA